AUGAGCGACAUCGAUCUUCCCGUCGAAAGCCCGCUCACGUCGGCGUCUAGCCUUCUCUCUUGCGUCGUAUCCCAGCUGGACACCACGAAACCCCCCACGGCCAACCAACUUGGUCAACUGCAACUGGUCUCCACCCUCCUUUCGGGCAUUGAGCCUUACCUGAACUCUGUCUCCUCUUCUGCCCCUGCUGUCCAACGCCCCCUGCUGAAAGCUACGGCGGAACACGAUUGGGAAGGAGCCUGGUCAGCCCGGAAAACCAUGUUUCAUCUCUCGGCUGCCUGGUCAGCCGGUGCUUACCAAGGCAAUUUCGUCGGUCUGCUCACCAAACUCAGCCAUGCUAAAAAAGCGCUCGAAAUAGGAAUGUUUACUGGUACGACUACCGUCUGUAUCGCUCAACAGCUACCUCCCGGGGGAAAGGUAACAGCACUCGAAAUCGAUCCGUAUUUAGACACUUUUACUCGUCCGCUAUUCCAGCAGACGGGAUUGGGAGAUAAGAUCGAGGUCAAGGUGGGUAAUGCGGUUGAGUCGUUGGAGGCAAUCGCAAAGGAUGUUUUGAGUGAUGAGGACGCAUAUGAUAUUAUCUUUAUCGAUGCUGAUAAGCCGGGGUAUAAGAGUUAUUUCAAGAGGAUCUUGGAUUGCGGGUUGUUGAAGAGGAGCGGGUUGUUGGUGGUGGAUAAUACGCUUUAUAAGGGUACGCCUUGGACAGAGGGUUUGGUGGAGGAAAAUUUGCUCGAGAUUGGCAAGGAGAAUGCAGAGGCGAUUAAGCAGUUUAACAGGUUGGUCAAGGAGGAUAAGAGGGUGCAAGUGCUCGUCUUGCCUGUUAGGGACGGGGUCAGCUUGAUCAUGCGUAAUGAAUGA